AAAGUUUUCGAAUUGAUUAAACAAACUUUGCCUGAAUGGCGUCCAUCGAAAUUUACCUUCGAUUAUGAAAUAGGAGUAAUAAAUGCAGCAGCGAAGAUUUUUCCUGAUAUCAAAAUAAAUGGAUGUAACGUACAUUUUCAAAAGAACGUUAUCAAAAAAGCGAAAUCUUUAAAUCUCAUGGAACACGAAGAGUCCUCGAACCAUGUUAAGCAAUGCAUAGGCUUGGCGUUUUUGCCAAAACAAGAUAUUGAAGACGGCUGGCUGCAUAUAAUGGAAAAUAGUUUCGACGAUGAAGCUAUGACCAAAUUCAAUGACUAUUUUGUCACUCAGUGGCUUGAAUAUCCAGACCUCAUUUGGUGUUGCCAUAAUGAACGCCAUAGAACAACUAACUUGGCGGAAUCAUGGAAUGGCAGAUUCAACAAAGUUAUUGGAAAAAAUCCCAGUUUAUUAUUGUUUCUGCAAACAAUUGGCAACGACACAUGUCACUUUGAUAUAAAACAAGCCAACUUUCGACUAAAAAGAUCACCUAUAAAUUCAAGAAAAAGAACAAGUAUAGAAAUCGACCGCCAGAUUCAAAAGCUAACAAAAAGUUACGAAAAUAAAGCUAUCUCCAUUGGUGAUUUUCUGAUUAACAUAUCAAAGUCAACAUUUCGAUCAGAACAUUUAAAAAAAUAGUUUAUUUUAAUUUUGUUUUUAGCCUAUUAAAAUGUUUAAUACUUUUUCUCGAUGUUGAUUAUUUUUUGUAGUUUAUGUUUACAAUUUGCGCCUUUUUCUCCAUGUUGAUUAUUUGUAAUUAAUAUAUUUGUCUAGUUGGUUGUUGAUUAUUUUUGUAGUUUAUAUAAAUUUACAAUUACUGCCUUUUCUCAAUGUUGAUUAUUUGUAACUAAUAUUUAUGUCUGGAUGUUGUUUUUAUUUGUAGUUUAUAAUAUUUACAGUAAUACU